AUGAAAGAGGAUGAACGUGAUAAAGAGAUACGCGAGUUGAGAGAAGAAGUCAGGAAUAUGCGGAUUUCAAAAAGGGGAGAGAAACUUGAGUGUGAAGACUUAUGUGUACACCCUGACGUUGACCUACCUGAUGGAUAUAAGCCAUCCAAAUUUGAGAUGUUUGAUGGCACGGGAAAUCCCCGCAACCAUUUAAGAUCUUAUUGUGAUAAGUUAGCCGGUGUGGGAAGAAAUCCAACCAUAAGAAUGAAGUUGUUUAUCAGAAGUCUGACCGGGGAUGCAUUAACUUGGUAUACUGAACAAGACCCCAAGAAAUGGCAUAAUUGGAGCAGCAUGGCAAAGGAUUUUAUGGAAAGAUUUAGGUUCAACAUUGAGAUCGUCCCUGAUCGAUCUUACCUUGAAAGGGUGAAGAAGAAGACAACUGAAACCUUUCGUGAAUACGCCAUCCGUUGGAGAUCAGAAGCAGCUAGAGUCCGACCCCCGAUGGACGAAAGUGAAAUGACUGACAUCUUUAUCAAAGCUCAAGAUAACAUGUAUUAUGAAAGAAUGUUGCUUAUGACUGGGGAAAAGUUCACAGAUCUCGUCAAGAUAGGGGAGGCUUUGGAAGAAGGAAUCAAGUCUGGGAGAGUCACAAACUUCGCAGCCUUACAAGAAACAACCAAGGAUAUCCAGUCUGGAACAAUAGGAGGGAGUAAGAAGAAAAGAGAGGAAGUUGCAGCUGUAAUGAACAUUCAGGAACGGGGACCAAGCCAGAUUCAUGCAUAUCAUAAUCCAUACUCCCAAAUGUUUUCACCCAUUUCCUAUCCCGUUUAUAAUACCCAACCAGCUUACUAUCAACAAACGUCUGCCCGUUACCAACCUCAAAAUAAUCUAGCAACCCCGCCAAGGCCACGUCAAAACUUUGAAAAGAAAAAGACUUACACACCUCUAGCUGAACCAUAUGCCCAACUUUUUGAAAGGUUAAAAGCAGCAGGAGUAAUCCAUCCAAUACCUUGGAGAAAUAUCGAACCUCGACCAAAGUGGUUUGAUGAGACUAAACAUUGUGCAUAUCACUCGGGGGCUGCCGGACAUGAUACCGAAAGUUGUUUAGCUCUCAAAGAUAAGAUUGAACUUUUAAUCAAAGAGAAUGUGAUUCAGCUCAAAGGAGCUUCUCCAAACGUGACCAAUAACCCUCUGCCUAAUCAUGGAGAUGUGGGCGUGAAUAUGAUCACUACUGAGGAUGACUGGAGCCUUAAGGGAACUAUCGUGCCAGUAGGGAAGGAAGAAAAGACCAAGUUUGAUCUGGGACAUGGACCUACUUCAGAAAAAGGUUUUGAUUCUAAGAAGAAGGGUGACAUCUAUGUGCUUAAUUCGAACCCGCCUACUGCCAAAAUGCCAGAGGAUGCUGCUGAAGACAGCCCAGUUGAAGGGGUCAAAACUCUGUUCGUUGCAAAGGAAGCAAUUGAAAAUUGCACUGAGACACCGAGUUUCAAAUUUAAGAUCGCAUCAAAUUGGCAAGUAGUGUUGAAUUAA